GACGGACUGACCGACAAACAGAUAGAUACUAACAUUUAUUAAUAAUAGGGAUACCAUGUCUACAAUUUUAUAAUUGUGACAUUAUAUUGGUUGUACAGACUAACUAAUUGCAUCUAAAAUAUUUGUAGGUCAUUGAAAGAGCACAUGGAGCUCAUCAGAGGUUUCACAUAACAAUAUGUAAAUAACAUCAGUUCAAUCUUUCAGUUCAUUUAAUGGUAUAGUCCAAUCUGUUCAGUACACCCCUCCAUACUGAGCUUUUAUGAAAUCACCCAUUCUGCAGUGAUUGCUGGAAAGAGGUGCAGUCGAGAGGGAGGUAAUAAACAGAAGAGUUCUGCCAGGUAUUUGAAAAGAAAUACAUCCAUUUAUGAUAUCAGAAAAAUCCUUUCAUCCCAGAGGACACUUCAACGUGCGCAUCAUCAUUAAGAAGAUCUUCCUCCAGGCAAAAUGGCUGAAAAUGAGAUCUUAGAACACCAAGACACUCUGAAGAGAGGCCUUGUGAAAGUUCUCGAAUGUGUGGCCACCAUCUCAUCCGCAGCAGCAGUGGUCAAUCCCAUCUUCGGUGUGGCUGGAUCUCUCAUCCGUGUGGUGCUGCACCAUGUGGACGAUGAAGAUCUUCAGAAACUCAAACGCGAGUUUGGGAGCAUGAAUCGAGCCCUGGAUGAUAUUUCACAGCAGAACCAGAACGUGUUGCUACAGAUCAGGAAAGAAACUGUGGAUGGCCUGUACUGCCGCGUGGAAGAAAACAUUCGUAAUCAAUUCUACAAAUUCAUGGACACUGUUGAGGCAUGGCCGGCGCACCAACAGCGCAAGAAGGACUUUGAAAUGAGCUUUAUGAUCAGUCAAGGUGACCAGAACCUGCACACACUUUAUGAUGGAGUGAUGGGUGAAUCGAAGGUCUUCUGCCAGCCCAUUUUAGAGGUGUACAUAAAGCAUUCACAGGGUGACCGCCGUGUCAUGGAAAACCUCUGCACCCGACUCACAUACCUGUUUUGCAUUGGUCUCAUUUCUCUGAUGAGUUAUGCUGCUAUCGUCGGGGAUGAUGAAGAAGCUCUGCGCAUCGAGUGGGAAGAUAAAAUGAAAGACGUGGCCAAAAGAAUGUCAGAGGUACUGAAGGGCGCUGAUUAUGACUGAUUGAACUUUUCUCAAUAUAAAAAUAUUUAUCUGUAAUAUCCAUAUUUUUCUUUGCAGUUGUUAACCCCAUUCAAACACUAUCUACUGUAUGUAUCCAUGUAUGUAUGUAUGAAUCUGUCUAUCUAUCUAUAUAUCUAUCUAUCUGUCCAGUAUUAUAAAUAAAGAUAUUAUAAAUGCACA